AUGGCGGUCCCAAACAACCAUUCUCCAUCCAGUUCCCCCUACCAACUUCAACAGGCGCCGUUGCAACACACAACCCAGCUACACUCAGCGCAGCAGAGGCCAACAAGAAAGUCCAGAACUUUUAGUUUGAAGUCGGACAAGUCUCGCGGCAGCCAGCACAAGAUCGACUUGCAUGAGACACAUGACGAGAAGGAGGCCAAGAGACUGCACAGCAAAGCAGACCCGACCCUCGCCAUGCAAGAAGCGGAACCCUCUGAGGUUGCCGCAACGGGCAAGUCCUCCCUCGCCCCUCUGAGGAGCAUCCAACACAGGGACGCCUUUGGAAAUCCAAUUGCCGAUCCGGACCGUUCAAAUCCGACCCGCAGUAGAUGGGAACGCCCGUUGGACACAAUCCGGAGUUUUGAGGCGGCAAUUGAUGGGGGAUACAGCAACCGUAGGUCGAUCAUCCGCACAGACACAGAAGGCGCAACCUGGGGCGCUAGUCGGCGGAGCAGUUAUUACGGAGGCAAUGGAAACUUCGGCCGUUCCGGACACGACAGCUAUUAUGGAAAUCGCCCGCCUUCGAUGAUGUACGCCAAUCGUGCCGAUGGUAGCCUUCCCGACUUGAGGUCAGCGGGCAUGGGACAACGUGACGGAUAUCAUGACCAGCAAAACUUCGGGUAUGGCGGCUACGGACCACCCCAGCAGAACGGGCGACGGGGCCUGCCUAGGAUACCCACCGAGCCGCAAUACAGCCCCCCGUACCGGCAACAGAACCCCCAGGACUAUCCGACUCCGCCCAAUCAUCGGUCAUACGAGACGGUGACAACCGCAUCAGGGAGCGGCUCCUCGGCAGAGCCAACUGGUUACCAGACCGACCCCACCGGCAGCGAUAACAGCUCACUCGAGCCCGUGCAAUCCGUGCCAAGGCGGCAGCCGGAACCAUUGAAUGACUACGGCAUCGGCUUUGGCCAGAGCCCGUCGUACAAGCCGCCAAGCUCUACAGUGGGCGUGCAGAAUUCUGGGAUGAACGGCAGCAACUACCAACUGGACGGCUCACCAAAUUAUGGGAACCCAAAUCAAGGUGGCAACCCUGUACCGCCUGCCGUGCCUCGGAAAGAUGUGGGAUCGGUCUUAAGGAAACAGAUAAGCACCAGCCAUGUGCAAGAGGUACGGCUCGCACAGCCUGAGAAGAGGAAGAGUUGGCUUGCGCGACGCUUCAGCAAGCGCGCAUAA